AACUGUGCUGAACAAUGACACUGUUUUGUGCACUCUUUCUGUGGUUAUAAGCUCGAUAUAUUUGCUUUGCUUUUUCUUUAUAUGUGAUUUUGUAUAAAUAUAAUUCGUUGUCAAAUUCUUAAAGUUGUGACCCCGAAGUGUGAAAGUAAUUGAAUGAAGUGUGAAUUUAUAUUUUAAUCCCAAUAGAAAAAUUUUAGAAUUAAAAAAGACCUUCAAAAAAGUACUUCGUGGAAUUUAGAAAAUCUCGCAAUUUUAGCAUAUACAUAUUUUGGCUAUAGAAUAAAUAGAAGUAUACGAGUAAAACUGGGCAAAUUCCAAUUUAUUGAAUUAACGGUACCUUUGAAAUCGGGAUCUCUAUAAUAUGAAUUUGGAUGUAAUGCCGUCAAGCAGCAAUAUAAAUUCUAACAUGGAAAAAAAAAUUUUAAGUUCAGAUAGUGUUAUUAGGCGUUAUACCCGUUCCUCUUUAUAUCUUUUGCGAAAUGACUCCCGUUCACAGAAAAGACCAGAGUGUUCGCUUCGAUAUGAGCUGCAAAUGUUAGGACUUUGGAAAACUACUUUUUUGCAAAACGAUGUAACGAAUGAAAGUGCAAAUCAGUCAUCUAUAAUUAAUUUUGUAAAUGAUAGGAGUUUUCGUUCAAAUGCCAGUAACAAUAACAAUUCCUCACAAUUAUCAACAUAUUUGCCAACAAAUACCGGAUUUCACAAUAAUCAGAAGACUUAUAUAGAUCAUCGUAGUAUUUCCUCCGCUCAUUUAAUGCCAGCAUUUGCUAAACGUCGCAUUAUUGCGAAUUGUCCUACUCCUAAUUAUAUGUCUAAUCCUCGAUCAGAAUGCAUAAAUGAAUCUAAAGAUCCUAAUUAUAUUAAACGCCAAGUAAUCAAGGAACGUACAUUUGAAAAUCAUCAAAGACCUGAUAUAUCAAACAUAUCACCCAAAAAAAAAUCAAAUGCUGAGAAUGACGUUGAUCAAUGUAGCGAACAAGAGGCUUCGCCGUCCUUAUCUUUAUUAUCAACUACACCUUCGAAAACGCCAAACAAUGGAAAUCAAGAAAGGCGUAUUGGAAGUGGACGUUUGUUAUCACGUGAUAUAAGUUGGGACUAUAAAGGACAAGAUAAGGAUAGAACUAUUCCAGUAAUGAAUAAAGAAAUUUCGUUAUCAAAUAAUCAAUUAAAUCAAAAACGCAAUAUAUUACGCUAUAAUGAACGCAUAGAAAGACGUGCCUAUGAUCGAAACUUAAUUGAAUCGGGUGAAAAAAUUGAAAGCUUUAAAAAUGAUAUUUUAAAAGCAGGCAACACUAGAUAUAUGGCUUCAAACGAAAGUAUUAAAUUGGAUUAUACAUCAAAUCGCCAACUUAUACCCGGACGUAAUCGACGUAAUCAUUUCAAUGAGCGCAAAACAGAACCUGAAUGGUUCAGUGAAGGUCCUACAUCGAAAUUAGAUACAAUAGAACUUCGUGGUUUUGAAGAAAUUGAUGAUGAUACAGGAAUCUUUAACAAUGCAAAUAAAAGUGAAGCUACCGAUCCAGACGAUGAUGGUCUUAAUUCUUAUAUUGAAGAUAAAGAAUUAGAAGAAAAUGACGAUAAAAAUUUGAGAUGCUUGGAACGGAAUAUAUCAGACAUCCAGCACACUAAAAAGAAUAUAUUAAAUGAAAAUAAUUUCGUUAUAAAUAAUAAACCUAGCAAGACCAUUUUUGAAAAAAUACAACAUCCAAAAAAAAACGAAGCAAAAAAUAAAUCUACUAAUAACUUUUCGAAAAGUACAGAUAUUAACAAUUACAAUAGCAACGAUUCUUUAAAAGCUAUAUUUAAUUUUGAGAAUUUUUUGAGUAUAGAUUCCCUGGAACAUACAAUAAUGAGUAACGAUCAACAUAAAAACUUUGACGACUUUGGAAAUUCACGGUUUACACAAUGGUUUGCGAAUAAAAGAGACCAACCUCAAAAUAAUAGUACACAGUGCGAUAAAAAUGUUAACUUUACGGAACCAAAAAGUGAAGAAAAAAGUAGUGAAAAAAAUAUGUUAAUGGAAUUCUUUCAAAAUAGUAAGCUCCCAAUGAAUGGAAAACUUGAUGCUGCUCAACCAAGCGUCGUUGCUAUACCAAGCGUUGAAGAACUUGAAGCAAGAAUGCGUCAUACAAAAUUUUUAAAUAAUGAAUAUAGAAGUAGCAAAGAAAUUGCUGAGUCACCAAAAAAACAAUUACGGAAAGAUUUGCAAACUACACAAAUAAACCAACCUCCUACUCAUGAAGUUGAAGCAUUUAAAAAAUUGCUAGAGCAACUGAGUGCUGGUAGAAAAUUGCAGCCAUUAUCAAACUUUGUAGACAAAUCCAAUCAUAUUGAACUUUCUUCUAAUGAAUCACAACAUAAUGCCUCAGUUUCUUUAAAUUUGUCUGACACUUCGAAAUCUAAUGAAAGUAAAAAAAUUGGAAAUAAUCAAGUUAUGCAAGUAGAUCCACAACAAACUCGUUUGACGCUUCCCUUAGCUGCACAACAACAGUUAACAGUACCAAAAAACUAUGUACAUCCCGAUCAAAAUUUAAUUGCUUUAAUAUCUCCACAAAUUGCUUCUGGAUUCAUCGAUCAUCUGCAAAAACAAAACCAAAUUGAGCCUAGUCAAUUACAUCAAGGUGUCAAUAUGCUGUCACAAGAAAAUUCGAAUCCAAUUAUAAUGCAGCGUUUUGUACACACAAAUUCACCGACACCUUUGGCAUUUACCCCUACAUCAGUUUUAAGAAAAAUGACAGCUGAAAAAGAAAACUCAACUCCUCAGCAACAAACUGUAUCCAACAAACCUUAUCAGUCAGAACAACAAAACCAAACUCAACAACAGCAAAAUUCAUUAUUGCAACAACCAGCACCUCGCAUGAUACUCGGCGGAAGUAAUCAUCCUUCUCAACAACAUCCUUCAAACAAUGCCGUUGAAAACCUACAAUUUAUAUCUCAACAGGCGUCCAUUGCACCCGAUCAAACUUCCCACAACCUUAAUAUAAAAUGGCACAACAAUUUUAUGCAUCAAAACUCGUCUUUAAAUAAACCUAUAGGUCGUCCAAUAUUGAAAGGUAAUAUGCCAGUUUUAUCUACUCAUCAGCCUCAGAAACAACAAAAUGCAAAACAAAUGGCUGAAAUCUCUUUUGCUUCAAAAAUGGAGUUGCAGCAAAUACAGCAACAAAGAUUAAGAAGUAAAUCUAAUUGUCAAAAUAUAAUAAAUCAUCAGCAAACUUCAAACCAGACUUUCUUAAACCAAAUGCCGCAGUCACAUUCAUCAAACAUGCCAAUUCAUUUGACACAGCAUCAAAUGUAUCAACAGCAACAGCAGCAACAACAACAACAACAACGUGCUCUAAAUGUUCACAGACAUCGACAACAUGCCAUGCAACAACAUCAUCACCAGCAGCAUAAUCAAAUAGAUAAUAGUUGCCACCCAACAAUACCAAAUGUAGGAAGUGAAAAUGGUGGGAUUAAUUAUCAACGAGACGGGCGGUUGUCUCCUACUAGUAAUCAACUAGCUCAAUGGUUUUCUCCUGAAUUACUAGCUCAAGCAACCGCUGGAAAACUACCACUGAUUAACAUAAAUCAAGCUUUGAGUUUAGAAGAAUUUGAAAGAAGUAUACAACAUUCCUCAGCAGCUGUACAUAACUAAUUCACAUAAAUUUGUCAGUUAUGUGAUAUCUUUAUUUUUUCAUAUUCAAUAAUUGUUUCAUUUAAAUAGCUAAAUCUAAUACACGUAUAAACACUA